AUAUUUUCUUCAAUUCAUGCACCUUUCCAUCAAUCUAUAUAUCAUCAUCAUUGAAGCAAUUGAAAAUCACUAAAAAAGUAACAAAAGAUAUAUCAUUAGAAAGUUCACCAAGAUGGCUGGAAGAAAAUGGAGCAUCUUGGUGGCCUUAGUUAUCAUACUUAUCUCUAUGGAUGCUGCCAUUGCUCAAGGCCAAGGAAAUGGUAACGGUAACGGAAACAAUGGUAAUGGUAAUGGUAAUAAUAACGGUAACAAUGGUAAUGGUAAGGGAGAUGAUAAGGAAGAAGGGAAGAAGGAGAAGGAGAAGAAGGAGAAAAAGGAGAAAGAACCGAAAAAGAAGAAGAGUCCAAAAGAGGAAUCGUCAAAUUAUCAACAGUUGCCGAAUCUGCCAUCAGGACAGGAGCGAGCGUUUUGCAAAGCAAACACUACUUGUCAUUUCGCGACUCUUGUGUGUCCAGCCGAGUGCCAAACUAGGAAGCCAAAGAAGAACAAGAAGGCGAAAGGUUGUUUCAUUGAUUGCAGCAGCAAAUGUGAAGCCACUUGCAAGUUUAGAAGAGCAAACUGUGACGGCUAUGGUUCAUUGUGCUAUGAUCCUCGAUUUGUUGGUGGAGACGGUGUGAUGUUCUAUUUCCACGGAGCCAAGGGAAGAAACUUUGCCAUAGUUUCAGAUGACGAAUUCCAAAUCAACGCACACUUCAUCGGUACUCGACCACAGGGAAGGACUCGCGACUACACAUGGGUGCAAGCACUUUCUGUCAUGUUCGAUACACACACUCUUGUUAUUGCAGCCAAUAGAGUAACUCAAUGGAAUGACAAUGUUGACUCUCUUACAGUAAAAUGGGACGGUGAAUCAGUAACCAUUCCUACCGACGGUGACGCUGAAUGGAAGAUUACAACCGAUGAAAGAGAAGUGGUUGUGGAGAGAACAGAUGAUACAAACAGUGUUAGAGUCACAGUUUCUGGUUUACUUGAAAUGGACAUUAGGGUAAGACCUAUUGGAGAAAAAGAAAACAAAGCUCACAAUUACCAAUUACCAUCAGAUGAUGCUUUUGCUCAUUUGGAGACACAGUUCAAGUUUAAGAAACCUACAGAUUUUAUUGAAGGAGUUUUAGGUCAAACUUAUAGGCCAAGUUAUGUUAGUCCUGUGAAAAGAGGUGUUGCUAUGCCAAUGAUGGGAGGAGAAGACAAGUACCAAACUCCAUCUCUCUUUUCAACAUCCUGCAAACUUUGCAGAUUCCAAAGGCCUUCAACUAGCCAAGGACUAAUUGCUCAAUACUGAUAAUAUUAUUAAUCAUGAAAAAUAAGAGAUUCUUUGUGGUAGAAUUUGUUACAUGUUUUAUUUUGGUUUCAUUGUAUUGUAUUGUUUCUGGAUAAAUAAGGGCCUAAAAUGUUGCCCAUGAUUGUUAUUUUCGUCGAUAUUUGUUGUUAAUUAAUGUUAAUGUCUUCUUUGUUUUG